CCCUUACCCCUCCCUUCCCCCUCCACAGCCACAAACGAGACCACCACCCAACUCAACGUCGACGGCCAAGCAGUCAAACUUGACCACUUGGGGCCCCUGGUGGUGAAUAAAGAUGGCACGCUAUCGCGCAUUGCGAAUUGGGAGUCCAUGGCAGAGAUUGAGAGGCAGAAUACGCUGAGGAUUUUGGUCAAGAGGAAUCAGGUUAGGUUGGGGGCGUUG